AUGCCGCAGAGUCUAAUAAAUGUAGCUCAUGUGAGUGGAUUUGAAUGCCAUUGAAGACUCUCGGCAGUGAUAUGUCGUCUUCUGUCGAAAACCCCCUUCUGGUAUUACUCGCAGAUAUCUUUUAGCAAAAGCACAAAAGUCUUGAUUUUAUUCCUUGCCAGUGCACUCGUGGGAUUGGAAAAACAAUUCAGAUAUGGUUUAGUGAAGAUCCCUCGUUGAUUCAAAUUGUGCACUCUGCCUUGACUUCCUUGUUAAAUAAGCAGAUAAAGUGGCGUCGUUCCGGCACCAUAGACUUUCUGGUCUUCAGACGGACAUCGAGCAAAAAUAAGGUGACCGAAACUAUUGCUCCGUCCGACGUGAAUAGACUGACAAAACUGGCAUAUCGGGCCACUAAAAGUGGUGGGAAACAGGUCAGUAGUUAGACUGACCUCUUGCCCUCCGCCGUCACCUAUGGAUUGUCUCGCCCCGAUAAUGGCACCGUGGAGUCGUUCUGCAUCCAGAAACCAUGACAUUGUUCCCCUGCCUUGGCAUCCACGUCAUUUAUUUCUCGCUGUCUUUGGCGAUUCGUUUGUUUGGACUUUUGUCAAACAAGCAAUUGGGUGUGCAUUUUUGUGUCGUUUUACUACCUGACGGUAGGAAUCCCGUAAUGUGUCUGGUCCAGGACCUUCUUUUGCGUCUCGGCCUUUGGUUUUCGGGUCUCCCCUCAGUUCCGUAUUAUUCUCCGAAUGCCUGCUUGGGGUUCGAAUAUGGCGUUUUCUCUGAUCCAGUCAGUCCAACCAACCUAUCUUUUAAAUACAUACCUACUACAUUCAUUUAAGUAACAAUGUUUAAACCAAAUAUGCUUUUGCCGCUCUUGUUGCUGCUCAGAGGGAUCGUAAAGCGCGUGCCAAGCAAGGACGUGCCGGAAUAGAUGCGACCUUUCGAGUACCAGCCCCACCCUCCGCAGCUCCGUAUCGCCGACGAGCCGUGGCCAGACGACCGGCCGACCCUCACAGAGACUCCUCUAAAUGGACCUACUACAGCCUGGCUGAUGUUGACGAGGAUGCAGCGAGUAACCGUGAGGUGGCUGCCCAACUGAUUCAGGAUCUACGCCGACGCCGUGAGCUGGCCGGAGAGGGGGAGGGUGGACAGGAGCAGGUUACACGUCCCGAUCGCAUCCUUUUCCGACCGACGCGGGGAAAGAAGAAAGCGCGACUGGAUGUCAAUGUGGAAUCGGAUGUUUGUGCGGCCACUCUCCGCUCUCCUUCCUCGUUCGGCGUUAUUGCGGACGACGAGGAGGAAGAGGGAGGACGGGAGCCUGAGGAUGAGCAAGGACAAACUUUGGAGGCGGACCCCAACAGAGUGUCCGGUCCUGUUUUCCGUAGGCGUGCCGGGCCGAGAGCCGCCAAAUCAGCUCUGAGACACAGACUCUCCCCCGAUGGCAACGACGCAGCGGAGGAUCAGGACGAAGAUGUCAACACCUCCAGACAACAACAAGGUAGCACAGUUGUGGAUAGCUCGAACAACGAGGAAGAAGAUCGAGAUUCAGAAUCCUCUUUUGGUCCCGAGGAUUCAGAAAUUCUAGAGGAGGAUGCACUAGAGGGAAUUUGA